UCUCUGAACUUCUUCUUCUUCGUGGGCGGUCCUUAGGGUUUCAUCGUCCCCAGAAAUUUCAUCCAAUUUUUUCAAUCGAACUUGAUCUACAUCGAUUGUUUCCCUCAACCUCUCUGUUUCCGUGAUUCAAAACCCUAAUUCGUGUGUUUUUAUCGCGUUUCUAGCUAUCGGUGAUGAAUCAAGCACAGAACACAAUCGCCGGGAUUGGUGAAAGCAAUGCAAUUGCAACCGUCGACGAUUCAAAGGAGAAUCUGAACCAAGUCAUAAACUCGAAUCAGAAAACUUUAGUACUCCUUCAUCAAUUAAAACUCACCGUCUCUUCUUUCACUCCCGCUUCUCAGCUUGAUCUCCUCCAACGCCUCAAUUGUCUUGUGAUGGAGCUUGAUAAUAUGGCUCAGUUUUCUGAUAAAUGCAACAUUCAAGUCCCCAUGGAGGUUCUUAACUUGAUUGAUGAUGGGAAGAACCCAGAUGAGUUUACAAAGAAUGUUCUUAAUAAUAGCUGCAUUGCUAGAAAUCAAGUUACAAAGGGCAAGACUGAUGCUUUUAAGGGUUUGAGAAAACAUCUUUUGGAGGAGCUUGAACAGACUUUUCCUGAUGAAGUCGAUACGUAUAGAGAAAUACGUGCUAGUUAUGCCGCUGAAGCAAAACGGUUGGCCCAAUCGCAAAGUGUGUUACCAAAUGGGGAUCCUAAGGUCAAGAGUGAGCUAUAAGAGCUCAAUUUUCCUAUGAAUCUUGCCUUUUAGAAUAAAAUUUUCAUGUAGAUCAACGAGAAUGUAAACGAACAAGCCUUCUUGGAAUUUCUAUAAUAUCCGUUGGUUUUUUUUAACUUGGCUAAUAUAGUUUCAGAAUUUCUCCUUAGCCUGUCAUGAGACUAUUAGAUAGUCACACAUAGGUUACAAAUAAACUAGUCUCUUUUAUUCUAUUGAUGGGUUGGUUUUGUGGAUUUGGUAUGUUGUAAAUUCCUAUCCAAGACAUAAGAUUUGUGUAUUCCUAGGACGAGUAAUCUUGGUUCUGUAUAAGAUAAUAUUCUUGAAUGAAGAAGUGAUCUGGCUUUGCAUUGAGUUGGUUGCAAUUUCAAUUUUCGUCUUGUCUUUGUUAAAGAAAGCUUCUCAUUGUCUUUAGGUGUAGUAUUGUUAGCUACACAAGCCUCAUCAUGUUUAGAUUGGCUUCUGUUUGACCACUCUCCACUAGUGGGUGGUGAUUAUAUAUUGAUGGUCUGUGUUUUUAAGCAUUGUGUUACUAUUUCCAAAAGUUCUCAUCACCAAAAAACCAGGCUCUCAAAGGUACAUUUCCUUCUCUCAACCAUUCUUAAAAACACUUUUUAAUAAAUGUCUUUGAUCACUUCCUUCAUGCUUUUACUAUCCCAACCACCUAGGGAUCAUACAGAUUUGUAGUUACAAGCUUCGUUUAGUCAGACACCAUGGCCAUGAGUCUCCAUAUCAAUACUUGGUUCUCUUACAGCUGCAGGAAACCAAGUUUCAGUGACACUAUGUGAACCCGUCAAGAAGAAAGAUGAAGGACGAUGUUCUGUCCAUAGGGAGGAGACUCAAGAGACUUGUAAUCGGCGUCCAACACAAUGCUUGGUCUUGGACAUGGCUCGUCUAUUCUAAGUGAAACCAUACAGCGACCUGUCGUGGAUGCAGAGUCAGCUAGUGAAUUAAGUCCUGCAGUUCAUGUUGGAGAUAUGCCUCUGUUCCAUUUAUAACCCGUAUUUGUAUACAUACGAAAGAUUUGGCCCCAUUAUUACUAGACCACCACUCCUUGGUUCACUUUUCCAAUUGUAUCCAUGAGUCUUCUCAAAUUCGCCUAUUAAUUUUCUUUUUAACU